AGAAGUCCAAAUAAGAUACAAAGAAUAAUAUGCUAGAAUACCUACAAGUGGUUUUACUAUAAUAAAUUAUUAAUAUCAGCUGAUAUUUCAUAGUACUAUAUUAUAUUUGAUAAUUAUUGUGUUAGUAAGUGAUUAUUAUUCUUCUCAUCAAUAAUAAAAAUCAAUAAAGUCAUUACAAAUAACAGAAUAAGCUAAACUAUGAAAGCCCGCAUGAUUAAUCCUUCUAAUUGCCAAUAAUUUUCUUAAAGCCGCGUUUACACCAAAGUUUCAAACAAAAAGUUGCAAACUUUUAUUGCAAACAGCAGUUGCAAACAGUAGUUUCAAAUAAAAGUUUGCAACUUUUAUUUCAUGGUUUUAUUUCCAUGUUUCAUGAAAAUGUUUUCAACCUUGAUUAUGACUCGCCUAUGUUCUGGUUCCUGGGAUCAGUCCUUCCAAGGAUGUCAAGUGUCGAGGAUGUCAUUUUAGCCGCGGCGGCGUGUGUCGUGUUGUCAAAGCAACGUAGGCCGAGACGAUACUGGGUGAGGCCAUCUCUGAAUUCCAGAGCUACAUACAGUGGAAACGACCUGUUGGACGAUUUAAAUAGAGAUUAUGUCAACCCUCUAUCAGGUGAACUGAGAACGGACAGAAGUUUUAAAAACUUUGUAAGAAUGACCAGUGAGGAUUUUGAAUAUAUAACUUCAAUGAUUGGUCACAAAAUUUCGAAAAUGGAUACGAAUUACCGAAAGGCUAUUUCUGUAACAGAAAAACUAGCCGUAACCUUGCGUUUUUUAGCUACCGGAGAUUCAUACACAAGCUUGAGUUACCUGUUCAAGAUAUCAAAAUCAACCAUAUCUUUGUUUGUACCUGAGGUGUGCGAGGCUUUAAUAGAUCUUCUGAAGGAUAACAUAAAGCUUCCCUCUUCAGAAGAUGAGUGGCUACAUCACGCUGAAGAGUAUAACCUAAAAUGGAACUUCCCUCACUGCAUUGGCAGCAUGGAUGGGAAACAUGUAAUGCUACAAGCACCAAUCAACACUGGCAGUGACUACUUCAACUAUAAAGGAUUCUUUAGCAUUGUAUUGCUUGCAGUUGUAGAUGCCAACUAUUGUUUCACUUAUGUUUCGGUUGGAUGCCAAGGACGCAUUUCCGAUGGUGGUGUAUUUGCUCACAGCAAAAUCAAGAAACUUUUGGAUGAAUCUGAUUUGAACCUUCCAAGCCCCAAAAUGUUGCCAGGGAGGACCUAUCCAGUACCUUACGUCAUGCUUGCAGACGAUGCAUUCUCUCUGCAACCAAACAUGAUGAAACCAUUUCCAGGCCUCCAUGAUAAAGGAAGUCUUGAACGAACCUUCAACUAUCGCCAAUGCCGUGCGCGUAGAGUCGUCAAAAAUGUGUUUGGAAUUGUAUCGGUAGUGUUUAGAAUACUCAGAAAACCACUUCUUCUUGAACCAGAAAACGCUGAGAGAAUUGUAUUAACAUGCGCGCAUCUGCACAACUUUUUAAGGAGGAGCGAGUCAUCAAGUGCAUCGUACAAUCCCUCAGGGACGUAUGAUAGUGAAGAUGCAAGUGGAACUCUUGUACCUGGCCAGUGGAGGGUGGAUGGAAUGCCCCAGGGGACACUUCUCCAUCUAAAGCGGAUUCCUAGGAAACCCUCAGAGCUAGCAAAGGAGAUCCGAAAAGAGUUUGCAGAAUAUUUUAAGAGUCCUCAAGGAUCAGUCUCCUGGCAGGAUAAGCAUUAGGUUAAGGCAAUGUAAAAUUGUAGUGUAAUCCUGAUUAAACACUAGCACAAACUUACAUAAGUGUUUAUUUUUAUUGUGAAAAUGAAUUAUUCAAAAUUGUAAAUUUUGUCAGUAAAAAUAUACAUAAUUAUUAAAAAAAGCUUA